AAUUUCCUGCCGUCAAACCUAGCCCAAACAGCUAGCGUUAGCUGAAGAAGAUGGAGGGUGAAAAUAACAUCUCAGAUCUUGAUGCGCGCUUGCAGACACUCGAAAAACGUGUUUACGGCGAAAGAGGAUGUAAACAGAACAAACAAGUCAAGUGUGUGGAUUCAAUGGUGAAAGUAAAUGCUGCCCUGGCGAACACUGCGAACAAGAGGGAGCGUGUCAAGAUUCUUCACAAGAAAAUUGAAGAUCUGGUGAAGUAUUUGGACCCCCAGUUUACUGAUUACAUUGCUGUGCCAGAUGCUAUGAAACUGGAGUUCAUUUUAGCAGAGGAGGAUUUCUUGCGGUCCCAAGCAUCCAUGCUUGAGCAGGUACACAAUCUUCAACCUUACAUGGACAGCAACCACAUCAAAGAUGUUCCUGAACUCACCACAAAACUACAGCGACUGUCACAAAUCCACAUUAAACAACAGGACCAGAAUGAGGAAGUGUCUGCGGAGGUGAAGCGGCUGUUUGAGGAGUACAACAAGAUGAUGUUCCUUCUCUCCAAACAGUUUGCCCAGUGGGACGAGACCCUCAGGAAACUGGAAGGACCCAAACCAGGGCCGAAAAUCGAGUAGAACCCGAGUGCUCCGUAACCAUGUUGUAUUUAAAGAUGCAUUCAAGUAGUUUCACAUUUAACUUAAUUUGGUCUGUUGCACCCUAUAGUUAAUGCUCUAUAGUUUUGUAAUGGACCUUUUAUACUAAGCAAACACUAUGCGUUUGUGUCUAAGAACAGGCUGAACUCUUCUUUUGUGCUCUUGAAGGAAAUGUACUUACGUUUACUCGCUUACUCUUGUUCAUUUCCACUGUUUUAAUUGUGCUUUGAUUGGGAGUAGAUGAGAUGUUCAAAAGGAGGAAAGGCACCAGGUGUGUGUGUGUGUGUGUGUGUGUGUGUGUGUGUGUGUGUGUGUGUGUGUGUGUGUGUGUGUGUGUGUGUGUGUGUGUGUGUGUGUGUGUGUGUGUGUGUGUGUGUGUGUGUGUGUGUGUUUUGGUGGGGAUGCCACGUUAACAAGUAUAUUUCCUCUUGAACAUUCCACACAGAGAGGCUCAACAUGGAUUUCUUAGAUUUGCUCAAAAGCACUUUGUCUUUUUUUGGAGCAAAUUCCCUGUUUAACUGCAAAAAUGUCCUUAUGUCCUUGAUGAAUGCCUUCGCCUCCAGCUUAACUUCUUUCUGGUGUAGUCAAAUGCCAAUGAAUAAAAGAUUAAAAUGA